AUGCCUGGUUGGCAAAGCACCCUGGAAGAUAGGAUGGAAGCCCUGCAGCAGGAAAUGACCAGGAUGCAAGAGCACAACAAUAUCCUCUCCUCCAAACUGGACGACACCCAGAAACAGCUUCAUGAGCAACAAUCACGUUUGGCCCAACUGCAGGACGGUUUGGAACAAACCACGCAACUUUGGCAGGAACGAUCACUGAAGAGCGUACCAAGGCCUAACGAUCGAAAGGCUGGAAAGCAGCUAGCUCAGGGCGAACCGUCCGCCUCCCGAAGAAUGUUCUUGCCAACUUCGGCAGAGCACCACCGGGAAUACCAAGUCUACUCCGACCGCCGCGACAGAAUCAACGACCGAUGA